AUGAAUUAUGAAAAUUUAUGUCAAAUAUGUCAAGAAAAAUCAGCACCCUAUAAGUGUCCAAAAUGUCAAAUGAAGUAUUGUUGUUUGACAUGUUAUCGUGAUGUAUUACAUGAAAACUGUUCGAAAAAAUUUGAUGAGAAUGAAUUUUUCGAUUCUAUGAAUAUUGAUGAAAAUGCUCAUGAAAAUCAAACAACAACAAAUAGCUUUGUACGAGAACGAAUUGAAGAUAUUUUAAAAAGAAAAGCGGAUGAAAAAGAUUUUCAUAAUGAAGAAGAUGAUAAAGAAAUUGAAGAAUUAUUUGAACAUUUACUACCAUCAAAAGAUUCAGAGCCUUAUCGUGAAACAAUGGGUGAUAUAGAUGAUGAGGCGGAAGGCGAUGGCGAAGAAGAUGAACGUGAAGAAUGCAUUGCAAGUGAUGAAGAACCUAUGCCUGAUUUACCUGAUGAUUUUGAUGAAUCAGAUGAAAAUAUUAAUCAGCUAUGGAAUUGUUUAACGGCAGAAGAAAAAAAUGAAUUUAAAUCCAUGUUAAGUGAUGGACGCAUAUCACAUUUACUCAAUGAGUACAAACCAUGGGAACCAUGGUGGUUAUAUAAAACGCAAGCACCUGCUCUUAUUACUGACUUAGAAACUACAACAGCUCUUCCAUCGUCGCCUAACUUACCUGAUACUAUUCCAACUGUAGAAUCUACUAUAGUGCCACUACCAUCAUUGACUUCCAUUCUUCCUCAUAUUCAUGUUCGAUUUGAUGUUUUUGAAAUUCUCUUUGCUUAUGUUCUAAUUAGUGUUCGCUAUCGGGGAGACUUUAAUUCCUACAUAUAUGAAUCAGGAAUGGAAUUUCUACAUAUAGCUUCAAGACAUUUUACACAAAAAUCAGACAUAUUCGAUGAACAAGAAGAUCCAAUGUCUGUUCUUCAUACGCGUAUUUCAUUACUUCGUGAAAAUUUACAAGAUGAAAAAAUAUCUUAUCGCAUAUCGGAAGAAUUUUUUGUUAAUUUACUUGCUGAUAGUUUAAACAUUAUUCAUGGUCCAUAUCCACGUCAAUCAUCAUCAAGUAUUUAUGUACUAGCCGCUCUAUCGGAUAUUAAAAGGUUUCUAGUUAAAAUUCAAGAAUACAAACCAUCUGAAGAACCAACAAUAAUUAAAGAAUUAAAUAAAUCCACAUCAACACCUAUCAAUGUCUUUCAUACAAAUCGAAUCAUCAAACCAAAGAUAAUAGUAAAUAGAUCUACUAAUAGUAAAUUAUAUAUUCAUCCUCAAUCAACUGUUUCCAAAUCAUCAAAUGCAAUGAAAAGAAAAAAAGAUGAAACUUCAAAAACAUUCAAUCGUAAAAUAGUUUUAAAUCUUUCACGUAAAAUUGAUUAUCUUCUAAGUUGGACAAUGGCUCAUUCAAGUCGCCUUCUUAUGCUUGAAAGUGAACUCCAAGGAAUCGAGCUGGAUCUUCGUCAUCAAUUGAAUCAAUAUCAACGAGAUAAAAAUUGUAUCGAAAAAAAUCUAAAACAUAUUCGUUUACAACAACAAACAGUCAAUGGUUCAAAGCGUAUUCAAGAAUUGUAA